CAAGAAUGUCUCCGCCAAAGUCAACUCAGUCAAGGCCAACGUCUGUAAAAACAAUGCCUGUAAGGGAACGACGCCAUCCAACGCGUUCAAGAAGUAUGCAAGCACGAUCACAAGUCAAGAGUCUGCAAGGUGUCCCCAGUGCUGCAGGGAAGUCACUCGCAAACAUUCCCAAGAUGAAACAGGUUACACAGAAUGCUAUCAAGUACACCACAACUCCGGCAGAUGAGGCCUACUAUCUGAUGUUGAUGAAUGAAUAUCACAUCAACUCUUUGAGAGACGUGAUAAAGGCAUUCAGGGUAACUCAAUAUUUCCCCCAGGCAGCAGAUGACUUAAAAAAGCUCACUGGGACUUUCAACCUCAUCAGCAACCAUGCGGGCGCCGCAAAGACUGCUGCCACGUCCAUCAAUCAGAUUCUGUCUGUCAAUUGGGCCAAGAACUCUGAGCUUUCCAAGACGGAAUCUGGCCGCAAAGUCCGUGAUGGUCUUAUCAGCAUCCAGAAGAGCUUCAGGAAUGAUCUGAAAGGCCCCCUUGAAAAUCUCAUCAAGGCCAACAAAGCAGUAGAAGAAAUCCUCGUUCAGCUACAUCUUCGGAAGAAGAGACUUGAGACUUCGUCUGGGGGUGUCUCUUACAGCCGCUGGAUCGAGGCUAAAAUGCCUGUGCCGUGCAAGAAAGAGGAGACAUAUUAUAAGGCCAUUGGGGGCAUCGAGGGGAAAAUGACCUACCAGGAAGUCCAGGCUUGUGAGUUUGGACCGCAAAAGGUUCCAUUCAUUAAAACUGUCAUUCCAUAUAUGAAGUAUCGCUUUGUUUGAUACCCUGUCGACCUUUGAUGGAGCAUCGUUGGAUAAGGCAU